AUGUCAUUACCAAGUCUCAAAAAACGUCCGAAUGAAACAAAUUCGAAGAUUCUACGAUCCCACGAGUUUCUCCGUCAAUCCACUCAGCUUAUUGACCGCUCUUUGAUCAACGCUGAAGGGAGCCAAAUGCUGGAGAAAAUGCUCACAAAAAUGAUAGCAGAAGCUCAGGGAAAAUAUGCGCUGGAUGAAGAAGGUGCAAAAAUAGCGCAAAGCGGAAAGCUUCUCGAAGAUUUGAAAACGACUUAUCAGACUUCCAUAACCGUAAUGGAGGAGAGGUUUUUAUUGACUGAACUCGCCCGUCAUGUUCAGAAAAAGUUAGAUGUUAAUAGGAACUACACUCAAUGUGACCUCUUGCGAAAGGCAACGCAGUCGAGUAACGCUGAAAUUCGAAGAGAAAGAAAUGUUUACGAAAAACGGCUUCAAAACGCAAAGAAGUCAGCUUUAGAAUUAUCCACAAAACACGCUUGCAUUCUGAGACUUCUGGAGAACUCUACCGAUGUUGGUCAAUUGCGCACAAUUGAAGAAGAUAAAAGUAUUCUGGAAAAAGAAGUUGACUUGUCUAGAUCGGAGAAGAUAUAUCUCGCAGAAGAUAUUCGAACUAAAACGUCUACAUUGAAAGCCGAAUCUAAAAAAACAUUCCAAAAAACAAUUAUUGAGUGUGCGAAACACUAUACUCUGUUCCAAACGUUAUCUCCGAAACUGAUGAGUUGCAAGACCAAUUUGGAAAGAUUGAAGAAUGAAGAAGAAAGUCGGCGAGCUUGUGGUAGUUUAGACGAAAUGCAGUUUGAUAGAUCCUUCGUAUUAGCAUCGAUGGAAAAGGAAAAAUCGCCGGAGAAAAACGAUCUCUCUCCGCCAGUGAACUUAAACACUUCGCAAAAGGUUUCAUCGAGGUCUACUUCUUUCAAUGAAAGCAUCCAACAACCGGAUCAAAUGGAAGUCGAAGAGUUUGAAGGGGACGGAGAGAGAAAUCAUAGCAAGAACGAAAGUGCUGAGAAAAUUAAUACCAGUCGAUCUCUCCUGGAAGACAUCACCGUGUUUCCGACCGCACCAAUUCCUCGAAUUGUGGACCAAGCUCCCAAACGUCGAGAAAGUGUGGUAGAAACGCAGAGAGUUGUACCGAGGGAUCCAAGCCCCGAACCAGUGGAUCAAGGCGAAGAGAUCGAGAAGCAAACGGAUCAAUCCAUAGAUGUAAUGGAAUUGGAUAACCAAGAAGAAGUCGAACCGAUGGAGGAAGAAAGUCAGGAACAAACGAAACAAGGGGAUGUAAAAUCACAGAAAAUUUCUGAAAAACUCAAUUCUUCCGUUACUUCUUCAUUCGAAUUCCCGAAGUUAAAUAAACCCGCAGUUGAGGUUCAGAAGUCGAACGCUCUAAAAAUACUCGAUAAAAGCGUGGAUGAAGAUGAUAUAUUGAGUGAAAACGGGUCAAACCGCAGUACCAAUUUUUCAUUCAACUUUUUUGGGAACACUAAAUCUGGAGCUGGCUCUGAUGUAAACGGCGUUGAAAACGACACCGAUGGAAACUUUGAUUUCAAUUUUGGUUCUAUCGGGGCAGGAGACGACGGUUUAUACAAUGGAUCUGGUGGCGCUUUCGACUUUCUCGGCUGUGGUGGAGAUGAAGAAGGAUCAACUUCUAGCACUAACGCUUCAGAUCCGUUUGGGUUUGGAGCAAGUGCCGCGGGGAGCGGAGGUGGCGAUACUUCUUUCAACCUCAAUUUCGACGGAGACAACGAAGGAGGAGGCGCUUCUGACGCUGGUGGAAAUAGUACAUCCUUCUUCAACUUCUAG